AUGACGACAACCACGUCGACCGUCGUCGAGAUGGAGACUGCGACGAACGUGCCCGCCCGCCUGGAAGACUACGUGGGGUUCUACGGCGACCCAUUUGUGACCCUACGAGACUUUGACGAUGAUGAGGUGAAGCCUACUCUGCCCAUCACCAACAAAGAAAUAACAGCUCAGAAUCCCGCCGAUGAGAAUGAAGCAAACGAGGCGAAUUCAAUACAAGAGGGUGAGGAUGAGGAUGAGGCCCGGUGGACUGAAUACAACCCGCCAGCGUCCCUCAGAACAGCGCCAAACCUCACUAACACGGUAGCCCUCGAGAUCCUCCAGGUCUCCAUCGAGAACCUUCAGGCAAGAGCCGCCGAGGAAAAUCAGCGGCGGCAGCUAGAGGAAGAUGAAAAACAGCGGGAAGCCGAAGCAGCAACCGCAAACGACGAGGGAGACGGCACGGUAAAGGAGCCGUAUCUUCCCAUCAUCAUCACUAGUCCGGACGGAGAACCCGGUCCAUCGUCGGCGCUCGAAACGGAAGAAGUUGAUAAUGUCGAAGAUCUCAAGCUGUUUCCCGAGAUGACGGGAGCGGGCGAGGGCAAUACCUUGUCACAGGGGCUCAUCGUCUUGCCAUUCCAGCCCAAGAAAAGAAGCCGCUUCGCCCUGACGAGAAUCUUGCAAAAGAUUGGUGAAAAGGAUGUUGCGAAGAAGACGUCCCUUUUCGGUGGUAACUCGAGCAAGACGAGCCUGGAAGCAGCAGUGUCUGAUGAACCCGCUCCUACUGUCACAGAAAAGCAAAAGAAAGCUCCUGUUACUGUCGAAUGCGUCUCCUGCCUUGACGACUUCAGCCCAAAGAAAGUCAUCAAAGUCACAUGCCACAGCUACUGCCCCGACUGCUUCGAACGCCUCAUCUCCACAGCCGUCCAAAACGAACAACACUGGCCCCCCAAAUGCUGCCUCAACCCGAUCCCAACCCGCCUCUACCUCCGCAAGAUCUCCCCCGACCUGGCAAAGACCUGCAAAGACCGCGCCGCCGAGUGGGCCAUCCCCGUCGCCGACCGCAUCUACUGCGCCGAACCGGCCUGCGGCCUCUGGGUGCGCCCCGAACACGUCGACGCCGCAUCCCGCGUGGCCCGGUGCCGCGAAGGACACCGCAGCUGCAGCAUGUGCCGGGGACCCCACCACGCCAACGACGCAGACUGCCCGCUCGACCGGGACCUCGCGCUGACGAACGCCCUCGCCGCGGAGGAAGGGUGGCAGCACUGCGGGCGGUGCCAGGCGCUCGUCGAGCACCGCGAGGCGUGCCAGCACAUGACGUGCCGGUGCGGCUACCAGUUCUGCUACGUCUGCGGCCUGCGGUGGCGGACGUGCACUUGCACCAUGAACCAGCUCGAACUCAUCAAGAACGGGGCCGCGGCGCGGCGGCGGGAGAGGUUGCGGCGCGAGGCCGAGGCCGAAGAGGAGCUCCGCGACGCGUUGCGGCAGAUUGAGGAGUUUGAGCGCGAGGAGGCGCUGAAAGCCGAGCUGCUGCGUCUCGAGAUGGAGAGGCUUGAAGAAGAGGCGCGCAUUGCGUGGGAGGAGGAGCGGGCUCGGCUUGAGAGUCUGAGGCGGUACGAGAUCGAGGUGAGGUUCCAGGAGCUGCGCGAGCUGCUGGACCAGAUUCACGACCUGCAGGAGUUCCUGGUGCGGUACCAGCACGAUAAGGAGAAGGAGCUCGCGGCCAAUGAGGAAGCGACGUCGACGGCGGAGCUCGAGUCGAAGCAGGAGGCUGAGCAGCGAGCCCUCGUCGAAACGGCCGCGGAUAAGCUAGCCGCCAAAGUCAAGAGCCUGACGGCGGAGUACGCGGCCCGCGUGCUGGCGGAGCAGAGGACGGAAGAGGCGUACCUCCGUCAGCUGGAGAGCUUCUUCGCGGACCGCCCCUCGAGCGAGGCGCGCAUCGAGGUGCUGAUGCGGGAGUUCCGCGGAACGAUGGAUAAGGGAUGGCGGGCGUGGGAGCGGUGGCGGGACGAGGAGGUGGCGCGGUACAAGCUUAAAGUUGAGGAGGAGCGGACGAUCCGGGAGGAGAUUAUGUACAGCGUGCGGAUGCGGCACGAGGAGAGGCUCGAGAGGGCGCGGGCGGAGCUCGAGAGGAGGCAAGCUGCUGAGAUUAAGUGGGUGACGUUGGUUUUUGCGGAAAGGAUGCGGAUGCUGGAUGCGAUGGAGAGGGCGGAGCUGGAGGGGGAGGGGGUGGAGAGGAAUGAGGCUUUGGUUGGGGUGAGGGAUGAUGAGGCCGGGUCUAGUUGA